AUGUCUGAGCGUGGUCGCGGACGCGCUAGAGGCCGGGCAGGUCGUGGUGGAGAUGGGACUUCGCAGCCGCCUCGAAGGCCCGGAGAGCAGCCCCCUCAACAACCCGGGCCGCCCAGACCUAGGCCUCAACCGCCGUCAGCUUGGGGCGCUCCAUCGGUAGUCCCGCCAGUCAGGGCCGGUAUGCCCACACAGUCUGUAGGACGGGCAUCACAUCGAGCGACCCCAUCUACUCACGAUCACCCUGGAGAUGUGGAUAUACAACAACGAAUGCAGUCAGUGGCAUUAGGUCCAUCUCAGUCACACGGUGGUGGCGAUGCAGCCCCAGUGGUAGGCCGAGGCUCACAUCGAGGAGCAGGAAGAGUUCUGCCUGAUCAAAUGACCAUUGUUCGAACACGCCCACAGACUGUGACUUCCAAGAAAGGAAGUACUGGCAUGCCAUUGGAUCUUUGUGCUAAUUAUUUCACGAUUCAAACCACUCCUCAGUGGUCACUUUAUCAGUACCAUGUAGACGUUGACCCCGAAGAAGACAAUACUGCUGUGAGGAAAGGCCUCCUUCGCAUACAUGCUAAUACUUUGGGAGGGUACCUAUUUGAUGGAACUAACUUGUACACGGUUAAAAAACUACACCCAGACCCCAUGGAACUAUACUCUCAAAGAACAACCGAUGGUGAAAAUAUGAGGUUACUUAUUAAGCUAACAGGUCAAGUGAGUCCCGGUGAUUAUCACUAUAUACAGAUAUUCAAUAUCAUGAUAAGGAAAUGUUUCCGUAUUCUGGAUUUAAAACUCAUGGGUAGAGAUUUCUUUGAUCCCAUAGCUAAGAUUGACAUCCCCGAACAUCGUUUACAAGUAUGGCCCGGAUAUAAGACUAGUAUAAAUCAGUAUGAAGAUCGUCUACUCAUGGUUACUGAGAUCACUCACAAAGUCCUACGUUUAGAUACGGUUCUUGAAAUGCUAAAGGAAUACACAUAUCAGUAUAAAGGUGACACAUACAGGAAGAUGUUCUUGGAAGAUAUCGUGGGCAAGAUUGUUAUGACAGAUUACAACAAGAAGACUUAUAGAGUUGAUGAUGUUGCUUGGUCUGAGACACCGAAAUCUACUUUCAGGAUGAAAGAUCAAGAUGUGUCCUACUUAGACUACUAUAAUUUGAAAUAUAAAAUCAGAAUCCAAGAUCCUGGCCAGCCUUUAUUGAUCUCUCGUUCCAAGGAGCGUGAUAUAAAGCGUGGUAUGCCUGAACUGGUUUAUCUAGUGCCGGAGCUGUGUCGACAGACGGGUCUCACAGAUCAGAUGCGAGCUAACUUCCAAUUAAUGCGAGCUCUGUCUACACACACAAAGAUCGGUCCGGACAUGCGUAUACAGAAACUACUUAAUUUCAACCGCAGAUUCACUCAGACUAAGGAAGUGGUUCAGGAACUGGGGACUUGGUCAUUAAAACUAUCGAAUGACCUCGUAAGGUUCAAGGGUCGCCAGUUACCCCCCGAACAGAUCAUCCAAGGAGGCAACAUGAAGUACCCCGCGGGAGAUACAAACGAUGGCUGGACUAGGGAUAUGAGGUCUAAGAAUCUGUUCUCGAUUGCGAAUAUGCCGUCUUGGGUAGUCAUAACGCCCGCACGCCAACAGAACGAUUCAGAAAAAUUCGUAGAUUUGAUCAUGAAGACCGGUUCCGGUUGCGGAUUUAGAAUGCCCAGACCGGAAAUCGUAACCAUUCAACAAGACAGCCAAUCCGCAUAUGCCAAUAUGUGCGAAACUGUCAUAGCGAGAAAAAAUCCAGCUAUGAUAUUGUGUGUAUUAGCUAGGAAUUACUCAGACAGAUAUGAAGCGAUUAAGAAGAAAUGCACUAUCGACCGCGCGGUACCCACACAAGUUGUCUGCGCCAGAAAUAUGACUAGCAAGUCGGCCAUGUCUAUCGCUACCAAAGUGGCUAUUCAGAUUAACUGCAAGCUCGGCGGCGCUCCAUGGACUGUGGAAAUCCCAUUGCCUACUCUUAUGGUGAUUGGAUACGACGUGUGUCACGACACGCGCUCGAAGGAGAAGAGUUUCGGAGCUUUGGUAGCUACGUUGGACAGACAGAUGACUCAGUACUACUCGUGUGUUAACGCACACACCUCAGGCGAAGAACUCAGCUCACAUAUCGCCUUCAACGUAGCAUCGGCUGUACGGAAAUAUAAAGAGAGAAAUGGUUGGAUAUAUAACAAUUAUAAAAACUUAACAGAUCACAGUAGAUGCCAAGUAGAAGAAGUGAAAGCUAAACUGGCUGAGAUAUACGGCGGCGGGGAGAUCAAAAUGGCGUUCAUUAUUGUGUCUAAGAGGAUCAAUACUAGAGUAUUCGUGGACUGUGGCCGCAAAGGAGAGAACCCACGGCCUGGGACAGUAGUUGAUGAUGUUGUCACACUACCUGAGAGAUACGACUUCUAUCUUGUGUCCCAAAACGUUAGAGAGGGAACCAUAGCUCCAACAUCAUACAAUAUUAUAGAAGACACUUCCUGCUUAGAUCCGGAUAGAAUCCAACGCCUCACAUACAAGCUGACCCACAUGUAUUUCAACUGUUCAACACAAAUCCGCGUGCCGUCUGUAUGUCAGUAUGCUCACAAGCUCGCCUUCUUAGCAGCCAACAGUCUACAUAAUGCUCCACACCACUCUUUAGCCGAUACACUAUAUUUCCUAUAA